AUGGUUGCCCGGAACUUGUGCAGUCCAAGGAUUGCACUUGAGAAGAGCUGGUGGGAGCACUUGAUGGACUACGCCCUGAUGGCGUUUCCUGCUCAGGUGACGCCGCUGUUGCAAAUGCACCGUGACGCGGGCGACGAGUCAUUGUGGGACAUGUUGCGCAGUGCUCUGCCCAACCUCAACAGGAGGAGGAGGAAGGCGCUACAGCAGUCAAGGCGUUGGAUUGUCCACUUGUUUGCAGGCCCGCGCCCUCAUAAGACCUUUGCACGGCUUGAGCGUGAUGGCACAGUUGUGUUGGAGCUUGAUGUGACUCAGUGCGCAGCGCAUGAUUUGAACCGUCUUUCACUUUGGGCACUCCUGCUUAAAGCGGCGAGGGAUGGGCGCAUUGCAGCAGUGAUUGGUGGCCCUCCUUGUCGCACUAUGUCUGUUCUCCGGCAUAAACCUGGAGGCCCAAGGCCAGCAAGGUCCCCUAGUGAGCCGUAUGGGUUGAGCGAUCUCAGUGCUAGUGAGCGUGCGUUGGUGAACAAUGACACGGGGCUGUUUGCUCGGAUGUUGUUCUUGCAUGCAACAGCGACGGCCGGAAGGCGUGUCCAUCGUCAGUCCGUGCACCAUUCGUCGCAGGUGGCAUUCUUACUCGAGCAACCUCAGCCUGUUGAUCGCUAUCUUCCUGUUGGCCAUUCGUUGGUUGGUGAGGUUCCCUCGUUUUGGCACACAAACUUGUGGCGUGCAUAUGCAUUAGAGGCAGGUCUUUUCGAAGUCGAUUUUGACCAAGGUGCCCUAGGACACGCAACCACAAAGCCAACCACCAUCGGCACCAACCUUCCUGACCUGAGGGGCUUGCACGGCCUCCGGAAGGAGUGUCCUACACUGGCAUGGAAAGGCGACUCAAAGGACUUAGCCGCGUGGGCGCCGCAGUUUGUGCAAGCUGUUGUUCAUGCGUUGCAAUGUUGGCCCCGCUACCAGCUAUGCCGCAUGACGCCCGAGGUUGAUGGGUUCGAUGAUCCUUCACUCCACCCUGGCGGGGAGGACGAGUUAGCCGACGUUGUUGUGGAAGGCCCGCCGGAGCCAGAGCACCUCCCUGACGGGAAGGUUGUGCUGCCCGAGGAAGAACACCCUUGGGAAAGGGCCAAGUGUGAGUUUGAAGCUCCGCCAGGCCUAGCUAGGUUGGUGUUUGUUGUUCCGCUGCACACAAACAAGAGCGAGGCAGUGCUAGAGGCGCUACAACAAGUGUUCCUAGAACUUCGCUCAUUGAACCUUCCUGUGCUGCGCUUCCACUCGGAUAGAAGUCGGGAGUUCUUUAACAAAAGGACCCGAGCUUGGUUUCACGAGCACGGGGUGCGUACUACCACAGCUGAAGGAGAUACGCCGCAGCAAAACGGAGCAGCUGAGAACACCAUCCGCUGGUUAAAGGCUAGGGCGCGCACGCUCCUCGCCCAGGCCGAAGUUGGAACAGAGCUGUGGGCAUGUGCAAUGGCCACUGCGGUAUCGCAGCAACGUGCGCAACAGCUUGGCCUCAAGUCCAAGCUUGCAGCUCCGUUUGGGGCACCGUGCUCUGUGAAACUUAAGUUUUACGGACCUUCUAGGGGUGACUUAGGGGAUAGGUGGGUAGAUGGUAAGUACAUGGGGUUGUCGCCUUCUGUGAAUGAUGGCCACAUUGUCCUACGCAACGACGGAGUGGGCAACGGCUUCCUGCAAACGCUCCAUGUGCGCUCACGCCUCCAUUCGCCAGAGAUGCCAGACCGCGUGUUUGAGGGCGAUGUGAGGGAGCCUGCGCCGCUCGAGCCGGCAAGGCGUGUGCGUGGGAAGUCCGAGCCAGCACUUGGCGAGCCACCUCUGCCGCCGCCUCCUCUUCCACCGCCGGAAGGUGAGCGCGUGCCCGUGCCUGCAAGUCGCACUCGACUCCGUGGGAAGUCAAGCCCUGCAGUUAGCAAGCCUUUGCUGUUCCCACUGCCUGACGGUGAGUGUCCGCCUAAGCAAUGUGAAGCCGUUAAGGAGGAGUUUAGGGCUAGUCGGUUUAGUGUUGUGGACCUUGAGGGUUUCGCAAAGGAGUUACUGCUUGAAGACUGGGACCUUGAAGAGGCCAUGUGGGUCUUGGUCCAGUUCAGCCGUCUGCAGUCUCUUAAGGCCGGCCUUUACCGACACGGUGGUGUAGUAGGCACCAUGAGUGCAACAAACUCUUACCCCUGGCUCACAGAGCUGAUGGCCGCGACGCUCCUGUCUGCAAGUCCCGAGGCCGAGUUCACAAGUCUUUGGCUGUCCAAUACGAACCCCAUGUCCUUGCACGCAGACCACAACAAUGUAGAAGGGUCUGUCAACGUAGUCUUUCCACUCAAGCUCCCUCCUGAUAUCCACGGCUCUGUCGAGCAACGGGUUGACGGUACAGGAAAGAAGUGGUUGGGCACAACGCACAGCUUGCAGAGAGGCAAGCCCUUCUACUUGGACCCCAAACGCCGUCAUGCUACUACCCCUUUUGAAGGUGAAAGGGUUGUGCUCGUAGCCUACACCGUUAACACCUUAGGGAAGGUGCCAGAGUCUGAGCUCCAAGCCCUCGAGUCCUUAGGCUUUCCGCUCCCUGCUUCAGCACGCUUGCCACUCACAACGCAGCAAGCUGUCAGGCACUUGGACGUGUUUGACAUGUUCGAGGAGGGUCCCUUAGAGCUAGCAGGUGAAGACUGCCCGAAGAAAGUAGAGAAGGGUGGGGGUUGGAAAGAGACUCAGAAGGUAGAGGCUGGAACUGUAGAGCUAGAGGUCUCGUGGAAACUCAAGCACACUCCGGUGCAGCACGAGCAGACACCUUGCGUUCUGCAGACCCUGGAGCCAAAACCCCAUGCGCAGGUCGAGGAGGAGUCCUGGCCAGAACAGCCUGUGCAGUGGGAGCUGUGGCUUCCAGACCCCCAAAGUGGCCAGCAACUGUGUGCACUCCGGUCUGACGACCUGGACCUGCGUCUUUGCAAGUCCGAGCCAGCGUACACUCCAGACAUUGAACAGCUGCUCAGUGGUUUAACUGAACCACUGCAGAUAGUUCAUACUGUCGACCCGCGAGAGGCGGAAAAGCACAGUGAAGUGUGGAUCCCGUCAAUCCUGAAAGAGAUCGGGGUCAUAGAAAAAGCUGUGCACCGUUUGCCGCCUAGCGAGGUGCGCAAAGGGAACUGGCUUCACCGCACUGACGUGAGGGUUGUGCCGGCAAAGCUGGUUUUCACUGUUAAGCCUCCUGACGUGCAAACCACCGCGCCCGGGAACGGGGAGCACGCAACCCAGGCAAGCUUGUUCAAACGCAAGGCGAGGCUUGUUGCGUGUGGAAACCAUGCCCCUUCCACUGGCACCGAAAUAUACGCGUCAGGUGCUGCAGCAGAGUCACUUCGUUGUUUGGUUGUCAUUAGCUCUAAGAGGGGUUGGAUGCUAGGCAUCUUGGAUGUAACCUCAGCGUUCCUCCUCACGCCCAUUCCCCAGGGUGACGGGUUCCCUGUGUUUGCCCUAACGCCGCCGCGCUACCUUGCGCGGCAAGGUCUUGCGCAGGAGGGAGAGCUUUGGAUCCUCACACACGCCGUCUAUGGACUCAGGGAGUCACCAAAGCUGUGGUCAGACUUUAGGGACUCUCAGCUUCUUAACCUUAGAUGCGUGGUCAACGGGGUUGAGCUGCAGCUACUCAAGGGCAAGUUAGACACGAACUGGUGGCGCAUCGUGCAAACCAGUGAUGGUCAAGUCGUGGGAGGUUUAAUCACCUACGUUGAUGACUUCCUACUUGCUGGAUGUGUUGAAGUCAUCAAGGCUCUCGCCAAGGCCAUCCAGUCGAUCUGGAAAACGACGCCCCUCACACUUGCCACGCCGCAGCAGCCGUUAAGGUUUCUAGGGGUUGAGAUCCUAGUGCAGGGUUUAAGGUUUGUUCUGUCGCAGCAGGCCUACGCAGAGGAGCUGCUACGCCUCAACAAUGUCAAGCCCACUGCGCUGGGGAAGAUCCCUUGCCCAAGAGACUUGGUGUCCUAUGACACUCUCCUGACGGAUGAGGCGCCCACCGAGGAGUCAGUUCGUACAGCCCAGAGGCUGACCGGAGAAAUCUUGUGGCUGAGCCAGCGAACGAGGCCGGAUCUCGCGUUCACCGCUUGUGUCCUUGCUACGUUGAGCACAAAGGCGCCCGAAAGGGCUGCACGCAUCGCUGAAAGGGCACUUGCGUACGUGCAGCAAACCAAGGCCUUUGCUCUCACUGCUGACGCAGAUGACACGGGCUUAGUUGCAUACAGCGAUGCCUCUUUUGCGCCAGAUGGCAAUCGCUCGCACACUGGUUGGGUUGUCUUCCUCUACGGCUCUCCUGUCUGUUGGCGUUCCGCUAGGCAGUCGUUUGUCACACUCAGCACUGCAGAGUCCGAGCUCGUCGCAGGACUUGAUGCCGUCGUUGCACUGCAGUCAGCAGAGGCCACGCUGGGUGAGUUUGGGGUCUUUAACUUGGGUACGCCAACUCUUUGCGAGAGCAGUAUGAGGAUCCUCGAGCUCGCAGCCAUUUGGGGUUUGUUCGAGCACUGUCCAGAGGACCCCCGCCAAGCGGAAGCUGUGGCUGCCGACCUGCCUACCCACCCUCAGUAUCCGCAGAUCAAGUUGCUUUUCCUAUUGCUUGCAAUGGUGCAGAUCCAAAGUGCCAAGUGUCAGCCUGAGCUCUUAGAUGAAGAGGAGGGAGAUGUACAUCAGGUUGAAUUAAGUACGGAUCUCAUGUUCAUCUUGCUUGUGGGUUUUGUUGGCAUUGGCUUUAUUGCCGUGUGGGAGCUUGCCAAGUGGUGCCUGAGACGCCACUCUCUUUGCCGAAUCCACAGCACUGCCAAGCAGAGGAAAUUGCAACGCCUUCGUGACCGAACGGCCCGAGCAAUCGAGGCCGAACUUUCCGCACGCAGGCCAUCGGCUGAGGGAGCUGAGAGGGCGUUUGGCGGGUGCCCCAGUAAUGGGCACUGCGGGCUGCAGAUAGGCAUGGCUUACAUGGCACUGUACAGGAACCGCUCGUACGGCCCCGACCGCAGCACAAAAACUGGCGGCAUCUCCUUGCGGGCAAUAUGCGUGUGGGAGGCAUUAAACACCGCUGCAUCCCUGUACAAGCCAAACACCCAACACCCCUCCAAGCCUGACCUCAUCCUGGCCUUCAAGGCGCAAUGGUCCAUGUUUCAGUGGCUACUUAUACAUCAGGACAGCUUGGCGAGUAUGUGCAACUGA